AUGGAAGUACGGAGGAGGAACUUAGUGUCAGAAGAAUUACAACAUACAGGUUCUUCUACCACUUCUGGUAGCGAUGAAGACAGUCGCUCCUUACUUACAGUAGACCAUCCUCGAGCAUCAGUUCAUUUAUGGGAUUGGGUUGUGCUCUAUACCCUUCUGUUAUUUUUGGUUGUUUUUAUUCCUUUACACUCAACUUCUUGUGGGGACUUCGUCUCCACUGCAAGUGAUCCCAACUCCACUUUUCAGGAGCCCUUAGCCCGCAAACAUUUGCAGCAUGUUACAAGGUUGGGUCCUCGUACCGGAGGUUCACUGAAUAAUGAAGUUCAUGCUCGAAAAUAUCUCCUAUCCGAACUUCAAAAAGUCGUUGAAUUGGCUGAAGCUUCUGGGCUCGUUGCCAACCUCGAGGAACAAAUUGCCCGACCAUCAUCCUUCAAGACGCAUGUUCACAUAACUUCUUAUGCUAAUAUCCCGAACCUCCUCCUCCGUUUGCAUGAUUCCCGCAUCAAGCGUGAUUCAGUUCCCCGUUCAGUUUUGGUGAACUGUCAUUAUGACACAGCCCCGCAAAGUCCUGGUGCAUCUGACGCCUUUGUCGGAUGUGCCAAUUCUCUCGAAGUGGCCCGUAUUCUCGCAGGUGGUGGUACUACAUUGAGGAAUAACGUCAUCUUUCUCUUCAACUCCGCCGAAGAAAAUAUUUUGCCUGCUAGCCAUGCAUUCAUAACGCAACAUCCCUGGGCUGAAGAGGUAGCUGUCUUUAUUAAUCUAGAGGGCGCAGGUGCUGGUGGCAAGCUGCUAGUCUUUCAAAGUGGUCCGGGACCAGCAAGUGCAGCUCUCAUUCAGUUUUACUCGUCUACAGCUCGCUAUCCAUUUGCUUCAGUAGUGGGUGAGGAGGUGUUCCGUUUUGGCUUCAUUCCAUCUGAUACCGACUUUCGAAUAUUUAGGGAUUAUGGGUUGAUUCCGGGUUUGGAUUUAGCCUACAUCGGCAAUGGGUAUGCAUAUCACACAUGUCAUGACGUCGAAGAACGGAUUUCGCCAUCUUGUUUGCAUUUGGCUGGAGAUAAUCUUUUGCAGCUUGUCAAGUUGAUGGCUCAGGAUCCCAGCAUCGACAAGAUGGAAAAAUUGGAACGUUCAAACGAGUUAAAAGUAGAGAAUGAAAUAAUUUUCUCUCCUGAGGGUGGCUUGGGCAACAUUAACGACUUUUCUAACGCCCAAGUAAAAUCCAAUUCUGCUCGAUAUGUGUACUUGGAUGUCCUGGGAUACUUUGUCAUGCGUUACCCAUGGUCUAUUGGUCGAGUGUUUCACUGGAGUGUCUUUCUUGGGAUUCUUCUCUGGAUCUUUGUGUCUCAGAAGCCUGCUGGCGGUAGCCACAGCGGUCUCCUUCUCGCAGCCUCGAUCCAGAUGCUAUUCUUCGUCACUGCUCAUCUCUUUUCACUUCUUGUGGGUUACGUGAUUCAUAUGUACGGUUGUCGAAUGUCGUGGUACACUAACAAAUGUAAUCUCUUCGGUCUCUACCUUUUGCCGCUGCUUUUCUAUUUCUUGUUUUACCACUCUGUGCUUUUAAAAAUCCCAUCAGGUUCACUUUGGCAAAUACCUGCCUUGAGGUAUUUGCUUCGGCACAGCCUCUGGCUUGAUUCGACUUCCAUGAAAUCUCUCGUCAUCGAAAAUGACUUUUUUAAAGGCAGCAUUCUCGUCAUGAGCGUUAUGACGUUGAUCGCUUUGUGUUACGACAGUCCGGCUUCGUAUGUCCCCAUAUUCUGGUGCCUUCUCACCAUAAUUUUCCGUUUUAUCUACUUUAUGGUGUUCGGAAAAACUGGCUCUUGUUACGUCGCCAAAGUUCUUUUGAUUCUUCUUCCCCCUCUAGUGGCAUUCCACAUAUCCUCUGUGUAUACGCUUUUUGAAGUUUUCAUACCUAUCAUGGGUCGGUCCGGACAUGAGGCUCAACCGGAUGUUAUCAUAGGCGGUCUCGUUGCUUUUUCAUCUGCUCCUGUACUGAUGUUCUGUGCGGAUUCAAUCCAUCUAACACCAUCGGAAGCUGCUCGUGUACUUCGACGAAUCACAAUCAAUGGGUGUAUCAGCUUUAUUAUUAUUGUACACACUUCAUUCUUGGGUUUCCCUUAUACUGUUAUGCCUGAUACCAAUCGCCAUUUGGUGCUGCCUAGUCAGCAACAUGUUGCCGUCUUUCACACUAAUAGGUGGUUCAGUGAGAGCCCUCUUGAUUCGACUGUCACUCGCGAAGACUCCGGUCUCUUUAUUUUUCCAUUGGAUGCCAAUCGAUUUCGGUACUAUCACCACCCACCCUCUCCAGCUCCAAAUCCUUUUAUGCUCCGCUUCCAGCAGUAUUUGUCUUCUGAACCGACGGAGACCUUCUACUUUCCUGAAAUCGAGCAAAUGGAACCAUUCGCUUUCCAUCACACUGUGCCCUAUUGUGGUGUGCCACUCCUUUACCCAUUAUUGAAUGCUUUUGAUACCAUUUAUUAUAUCCCCACUCCGAAACACAACUCACCUUCAGCUGGGUUCGCAAUUAUCAACCGUCAUCAGGAAGCCUCAAGCGAGGGUGUUCAUUUGGUAAAUCUUACUCUUUCCAUCGAUUCGAGUGCCCCACUUACUCAGCUCUAUCUACGAACUACUCCUGACUAUGUCCGGCUCACUCGUUGGUCAUUUGCUUCUGAGCAAACUCGUCCUCAACCCGUGCCGAUUCCACGCGGAACUUCCCACCAAGGUGAUGCUGAUGGACCUAGAUCAGCGCAUUUUUACGUCAACCAUAUCGACCCUUCUGUGGCCACUUCAAAGACAGGUCGAUGGGCUCAGCCAUGGGUUUUCUGGCUUCAAUUUUCCGUCUACCCUUCCUCACUCAACCCUGACCUGCCAGACUCUAAGGUUGGUGUAGACAUUGCUGUGGUCAGUCAAUAUACGGAUGAAGGUGUGGCUCAAGGCAUGUCCGAACCUCUGGGUCGGAUUCUGCAACGUUUGCCUCAGUGGGCUGUCGCUACCUACUGGAUUUCGUCCUACAACUACACUCGCUUGCUUCUGCUAAGUUGA